AUGGCGGUCGAGGAUGAUAUCUCGAAUCCCCUGCAUAUGGGUGUAGAUUCGGAGAAGAAAAAUCAGAAGCAGCAGCACCAACAACAACGAAGGAACGAGUCGACUAGUCAGCCGAACGAUACCCACGCCGAACGGGCGUCGCAAUCGUCCGAAAGCGACUCUCGUGGUAAACCCAGAGAGGACGGGAAGCGAGAACUGACGGAGGAUGACGCCUAUGAUAAGCUGGGUUUCUGCUUUCCAGAAUGGAAGAAGUGGACCAUCCUCACCGUCAUCUUUACCGUGCAGAUGUCCAUGAACUUCAACAGCAGUACUUACUCCAACGCGGUAUCCGGAUUGACGGAGCAAUUCAAUAUCAGCGAGCAGGCAGCGCGAGUUGGUCAGAUGAUUUUCUUGGUUGCGUACGCAUUUGGCUGCGAGCUGUGGGCGCCUUGGAGUGAAGAGUUUGGCCGAUGGCCUAUAAUGCAGCUCAGCUUGACCUUUAUGAACAUUUGGCAGAUCCCCUGUGCCCUGGCCCCGAACUUUGGGACUAUGGUUGUUGGUCGUUUCCUCGGUGGUAUCAGCUUGGCCGGAGGCUCUGUCACGCUGGGUAUGACGGCUGAUAUGUGGGAAGCCGAUGAUCAAGGCUUCGCUGUGGCGUAUGUAGUGCUGUCGUCUGUCGGAGGCACUACGAUCGGGCCGUUCUUCGGUGGAAUGAUGGAGCAGUGGCUGGAGUGGCGAUGGAACUUCUGGAUCCAGCUCAUCUUCGGUGGUGUGACCCAAAUCAUGCAUCUGCUCCUUGUCCAAGAAACCCGUUCGACUAUUCUCCUCGACCGGGAAGCCAAGCGCCGCCGUAAAUCUGGGGAAGACCCUAAUGUUUACGGGCCCAACGAAAUGAAGAAGCCCAGGAUCGACUUCCAAGACUUCUUGCGUAUCUGGCGCCGGCCUUUUGAGAUGUUCCUGCGCGAACCGAUCGUGCUUUUCCUCUCGUUGCUUUCCGGGUUCUCUGAUGCACUGAUCUUCACCUGCAUUGAGUCCUUUGCUCUCGUCUUUGAACAGUGGGGCUUUGACCCGCUAAGGAUCGGCUUCUGCUUCGGCGCUAUUAUCAUUGGAUAUGUCGUGGCCUAUGCUAUUUUCCUUCCGGAUAUCUGGCGCCAGCGCAAGAUCCGCCAGCGAGACGGCAACGCCGCCCGCUUGCCAGAGCGUCGUCUUCUACUUCUUCUUUUUAUCGCGCCGUUGGAGACCAUCGGACUCUUCGGAUUCGCAUGGACUUCGAUGGGCCCGGAUUACAACCCCUGGAUCGCGCCCCUUAUCUUCGUGUUCCUGAUCGCAAUUGCGAACUACGGAAUUUACAUGGCGACAAUUGACUACAUGGUUGCCGCGUAUGGACCAUAUUCGGCCUCAGCGACUGGCGGAAAUGGCUUCGCGCGUGAUUUCCUCGCUGGGCUGUCCGCCAUGUAUGCGACGCCCAUGUACACGAACAUCGGUGGCAGGCUACACUUGCAGUGGGCCAGUACCAUUCUGGGUGUUCUGGCCAUCUUCGUCACGAUUCCAAUUUACGUGUUCUACUGGAAGGGCCCGCAGAUUCGGGAGAAGAGUAAGUUUGCUCAGACUCUGGCGGCCGACCGGGCUCUUCAUGCGGGUAGGAGGGCUAGCCAUAUCAGUGGAGCAGAGAAACCGUACCCAGCAUGA